CUAUAACCCGUUUGCCGGUUAGUUGAAAGUGUUGAACAAACGGUGAGCUUGAAGAUAUUUUUACACAGAAAAAUAUGACUAAGCGUAAUUCAAUUGCAUUAUUAUGGAAUGCCGUGUUAUUUUUUGGAUUAUAUUUCCAAUCUUACGUCGCUACCAAUACUAUCGAUCCUGACUUGAGUUUUAAAAAUGUGGAACAACAUAUCGAUUUGCAAUCUCAAUUAACGAAGAUCACAACCAGACUUGUAUUAGAAAAUGGAAGUAAGGAUCGUCACAUUCGAAAUUUCUUUUUUUCACUGGAACCUGGGCAAAAGAAUAGUCUAAGUUAUAUAGCAGCUUAUAGAGAACCUGUACGGGUUGAGCUAAAAUUGACUGAAGCAAAGAUGAAUGCACAUCCAGAUAAAACCUUUUAUCAAAUUGAACUAAAGGGCCCAUUGUCUCCUGGAAGAACUAUGGCUGUUGAAAUUGAAUGGAUAUUAACACAUGAACUUGUGCCUCAUCCUAAGGAGAUUACACAAAAAGAGAAGCAAUUAGUAAAAUUCAUAGGAAAUAUUUAUCUUUACUCUCCAUAUACUAUAACAAAGCAAACAACCACUGUAUCUUUACCAUCACGCAAUAUUGAAAGCUAUACUAAAUUUAAACCUGUUUCACAAAGUGAUUCAGUAAUCACAUAUGGUCCAUAUGAAAAGCUUUCUUCAUUUUCUUAUGAAGAAUUAAAUAUACAUUUUGAAAACAACAAUAAAUUCCUCACUGUAACCAGACUUGAAAGGAGUAUUGAAAUAUCACAUUGGGGUAAUAUAGCAGUAGAAGAACACAUUGAUCUAUUACACACGGGGGCAUUAUUAAAAGGCUCAUUUUCACGCUAUGAAUUUGCCAGAGAGCCAAAAUCAGGACAGGCUAGUAUUCAAAGCUUCGAUACCAUAUUACCAGCAGCUGCAUCUGAUAUUUACUAUAGAGAUGAAAUUGGUAACAUUUCCACAUCACAUACACGUAUUAAAAAAGACUCAGUAGAGUUAAAUCUUCGCCCAAGGUUUCCACUUUUCGGUGGUUGGAAAACUAAAUACAUAGUUGGUUAUAAUGUACCUAGUUAUGAGUAUCUAUUCCAUUCUGGAGACCAAUAUACUUUAGAAAUGAGAUUAUUAGAUCAUGUUUUUGAUGACAUGGUGGUAGAUGAAUUGGUUGUAAAAAUUAUCUUGCCAGAAGGUUCUAAGAAUAUUGAACUGAGCCUUCCAUACUCUGCAACACGUUUGCCAGAUUCUCUUCACUACACAUACUUAGAUACUACUGGUCGUCCAGUAAUUUCUGUUACUAAAAAAAAUCUAGUUGAAAAUCACAUUCAGAAUUUUAAAUUGAAAUAUACAUUCCCACGUAUAUUAAUGUUACAAGAACCAUUGCUUGUAGCUGCAGCAUUAUAUUUACUAUUCUUACUAGUAAUAACAUAUGUGAGACUUGAUUUUUCAAUUGAUAAAGAUGAGGUUUCAGAAAGUAAAUUAAGAAUUGCUGGACAGUGUGAAAAGAUCUUGGCUGCUCAAGAUCGUAGAGUAACAUCUUAUAAUGAACUAGAUGACCAAUUGGCAUACCUCAAAGCAAAUAAAGAAGCUAAUGCAUUCUUAUCUGUUGCAAAAGGUAUUAACCAAGAAUACAAAAGUGCAACAAGUACCAUUGCUGAAAUUGCACAACGUUUGAAAGGAGAAUCAGGAGAUGUAUAUGAGCGCGUUCAAGAAUUACAAAAAUAUGAUAGAACUUUGAAAGAAUUGUAUAAUCAACAACAAGCAUUGUAUGUAGAUAAACUAGUACCAGGCAAGAUAGGACGUCAGCAGUUUGUAGAAGCAGAAGCAGCUAUUACAAAGAAGAAAGAAGAAUGUGUUGAGAAGAUAAAUUCUAUUGUAAAGUCUUUACAGUAA